AUGGCGGACCAGCUGCUGGCAAGAGAACACAAUGGUGACCUUGGCUGCUCGGCCCCCACCACUCCUACGCUCCUGCGCGCUAUUUAUAAAUGCGGGAUUGACUGCCGCACCCUGUUAGAAACAGCUGUUGAUUCAUACAUGAAGAUUGUACAAAAUGAAAGUUUGGAAUCACCGACUAGACAUUUGGUAGCUGAACAUUCUGCUGACAAUAGUCACUCAGCGAAAACUUUAGUAGCUGACCAAAUUACGGAAUGCUAUCUGGCACUGCAAGAUUGGACGGAAUUGGCUCGCUGGAAAACCAGUGAGGCAGAGCUCUUGGCUAGUCAAAAUGGAGGAUCAUUUCUGAGAUAUAAGUACUUGACAGAGAAGGAUGCAGAGGCCCUGGCUGAGUUUGAGAAGGAGAGCUACUCUGCAGCGUACGAGUUGCUAGAGUGGGGCCCAGAGGUGGGGGAUAGCCCUAACAACACACCCGCCCUCGCCUGGGACUGUUAUAAGGUGUUGGGUGUCACAAGACACUCUUUGGCCAAGACCGCAGUGAAGUUUGUGGCCAACGGCAUAAUUCAGGACAGUGACCGUGAGGUGCUGCGCGAGUGUCAGGCUGCGGCGCACAGCUACCUGGUCGAGGGUUUGCGCAACACCCCUUCCGAAGUGGUACAAGAGGCAGCCAUUUUGGAGUUUGCUGCCAACGCCAUGUUGAGUGAGAGUGAGGUCGUUGUGCACAGUGCUAUUGACGGAAGUGGAGUGUACAAGUUGACAAACGUAGACAGCACCCUGUUGGCCCGACUGUUGUGGUGGGAGCGUGUGUUGGACAAGCUGCAGAUUAUCUCGCACUCUUCUCCCCAACUGAGUCUAGAUGCAGCGAGAUUGGCACGUAAAGAGGGCAACCUGAAACUAGCACUGGCCCAGCUGUCACAUCAUGUGAACCAGAUCCUGCACCAUGACAACGGACAUAGAACCGCUCUGGUCCUGACAGAUGAUAUACUGGCGGACUUGGACCGCAGUGAGGAGCCCUGGAGUCUGCCGCACGCCUGCGCCUUCGCGGAGCUCUCCAAACUGCUCUAUAGUGUGGGGAGCCAGCAGUUGGCACUCUCCGUGGCCACACAGACCUGUCUGCGGCUAGCGGACUGCGAGGAGGCUGCGGUGAGAGAGAGAUGUGCCCGGUUGCUACUGACUGUGGCGAAGUGGACACCCCUGCUGGACUCACCUGCCUCACUGCAGCAGCUCAUCGACUGGCAACGAGAUGCUCCUGCCACUGCCACCAGCCUGCUGGACAUAUCCAACUUUGAUACGGAGGGUGAUCCGGUGGGCUCAGUGUUGUACCUGGCGGUGUGUCACUGCCCCAGCCUGGCCAAGACCUGGGCCCGACUGGCCGGCUGGGCCUACCGUUGGGGCCGCAAGGCUACGGAUCAUGUGCUCAUUGCCGCGGACAAGGAGGCCAUCGACUCCCUCAUCCCUGAGGGUAUCAGCAACAGUACUGUGUACUCCAUACUGGCCGACACCACACCACCCAUCGACGACGAGGAUAUCGAGGCUGAAAACACCAAUGCCAGUGAUAUGAUAGAGUGGUCAGCUCAAAGCUCUUGGGACAUUCAGUUCUGA